AUUUUUUUAUUUUAUUUUACUUUUUGUGGUGGGGUUGGGUUCUCACACAGUGUUCUCUUUGGCACACUGCAGGAAAUUGAAUACACAAGAAGAUGUUUGCAUCUUGUCCCUUUUGUCACACAAGUGUUCUCUCCAGUGAGUUGGAAUGGCAUGCAAAUAAUCAUUUUGUGGAGGAUGAGCUUCAAAAAGACAGGGAAUUGGCUCAGCAAAUUAUGCAGGAUGCGUCGGUAGGAUACGAGGAAUCGUUUGUUGCCGAUUUUGGAGGCUCUACUGGAACCUCUACUUCGAGCAGCAGUAACAUUUCGCCUUGUUUUUUAGAUGAACAGAUAUCGAUUUUGCUCGGAUCGCAAGUUCGAAGCUCCUUCCAUGAAGUUCCAGGUGGCCUUAUGCCGCUGUUGAGAAGCUGCUUGGAUUCUGAUGGCGAAUCCUCGAGAAGUAUAAUAUCAGGCCACGUCGAUCAUUACCAGAGCGUUGAAUCGGAGGAUUCUGGUUGGGGUUGCGGAUGGAGAAACAUACAGAUGCUGAGCUCUCAUCUGUUGAGGGAGAGACGAGACGCAAAUGCCGUUCUUUUCGGUGGUUCGGGUUUCGUUCCAGAUAUUCCCUCACUUCAGAGGUGGCUUGAGAUCGCUUGGGAAAAGGGUUUUGAUGUUGUCGGUUCGAAUUCGUUUCAAAAGAAAAUAUACGGCCACAGGAAAUGGAUUGGGACUACCGAGUGCUCUACGCUAUUCCGUUCUUUCGGGCUCCGAGCAAGGGUUGUAGAUUUUGAUAGUAUAACACCUUCAGAGAGGCAAAAUAUAGGAAAUAGUAGAGGUAAAGGGGUAGCAAAACAGCUAUUCGGGCCGAUGGAUAAGUUUGUGGUGCGUAGCAAUGAGUUUUGUGACCAUGAUUUAUCUCGUAGUGAUACUAGUGGAAUUGGUCAUCAGAUUCUUGUUGAUUGGGUCUGGAACUAUUUUAUGAGCAAGACAUCUAUCAAGGUGGGAAGUUCUCGACGUGUUAUUAUCAGCGAAAAAACGCCUUUAUACUUCCAACAUGAUGGUCAUUCGAGAACCAUUGUAGGGAUUCAGAUGCAGAAGGGAGUUCGUGGAUCCCCAGAUCGAUACUGCCUUCUGGUUUUAGACCCUGCCCAUAAAACAAAAGUUUUGGAAAGGUCUCUUCAGGACAAAAAUGGGUGGCAGAAAAUGAUUAAACGAGGAGUGCACACGCUGAAAAAGCCCCAAUAUCAGUUAUGUUAUGUGGAUCCUGGGAUCGCGCAUGCAGAAGAAAUGGAGCAGCUUAAGACUAUUGACAGCAUAUUAGUGAGGUUCUAGGAAUAGCCGGAGACUUUAUGAACUCUCCAAACUUCCUUGAGAUUCUGCAUAUUAAAUACACUGCUGUAGAAUUUGCUGUUCUCUAGCAAUUCCUUGUGGGUCCCAGUCUGCGCCACUCUCCCAUUCUCCACCACAACUAUGAUGUCUGAAUUAACCACCGUCGACAUUCUGUGGGCUAUCAAAAUGACAGUUCUGCCCUUCAUAGCUCUCUCAAGAGCUUCUUGAACUAGCUUUUCGGACUCGGAGUCCAGUGCACUCGUUGCCUCGUCGAGAAGAAGGAUCGGGGGAUCUUUUAGCAUUGCCCUUGCAAUGGCUAUUCGUUGCUUUUGCCCACCCGACAACUGUACUCCUCUCUCACCAACCUAUACCAAUUAUAUCAAGCAUCAGAUGAGUAAUAAGGUUGAAGUUUAGUAUCAAAGUUCAAACAUCAGUUUUAUUACCCACAAUUAUAGAACCGACAUGCAUUCUUACCUUCGUUGAGUAUUUAUCUGGAAGUUGCGAUAUGAAUGAAUGUGCAUUGGCUGUUGAUGCUGCCUUAACUAUCUCCUCAUCGGUUGCAUCCAUUUUUCCGAUCUUUAAGUUGUCCUCAAUUGUCCCUGAAAAUAGUGAUGGCUCCUGUGAAACCACAGCUAUGUUUCUCCGUAGGAAUUUCAGAUCCAAACCCUUGAUGUCGUGACCGUCAAUGAAUAUGUCGCCUGCGAUGAUAGGCACAUUACUGGUAAUUUAGAGUGUGUGCUUUGGAAGUGAAAAUGUAGUUUACUUUGCCAUAUUGGAUUUGUAGUCAUCUGUUAAUUUUUCAUGCGAAUUAAAUCCCUCCUAAGUUUGAUAUUAUAUUGUAUUUAGUCAUUGCUUUCUAUUAGAGCAAAAAAAUAUAUUAUAUCACCAGUUAAAAAUCAUCAUCUUUUACUUAGAUGAUGCCACAAAAUCACAAGAUUUUGUGAUGUGGAAAUUCAAAUUCUGGAUGUUAAGUCUAAUGUUUGGUCUGAAUGCUUUAGCAAUUAGCAUUUAUUUAAGCUGAUGUCAGAGGUGCAGGGAGAGAGAGAGAGAGAGAGAGAGAGAGAGAGAGAGAGAGAGAGAACCUGAGGUCGGAUCAUAGAACCUUUGAACCAAAGAAAUCACGGUGCUCUUUCCGCAUCCGCUGGUACCCACUAGAGCAACAAUUUUACCUGCUGGUAUGAGCAACGAGAAACCUUGAAGAAUAGGGUUAUCCUGGCGAGACGGAUAAGCGAAAUGCACUUCUUGUAUGUCUAUCUCUCCAUUGAUCUUUCUGAGUGUUUCCCCCUUUGCUUCGUAACUUAUACUUGGCUUCCUUCCAAUCACUUUGAAAACUUCAUUCCCUGCUGCUUUUGCCUGAUUAAAGAUCUGAAAAUCUGGCGCAGCAUAAGUGAUUGAUCUGCAAUUCAUGUAGAAAGAUUAAAUCCUUUAGUUUUCAUGAGCUAGUUGAAGUUGUAUUGCCUUCUUUAAAAACUCAAAAAAAAAUUGCUUUUUUGCAAAACUCUGAUAUUUUUCUCAUUUUGCAACUUAAGCCUACUAACUACCCCUCCAAGACGAGAUCGCUAAAUUUGAAUGAUUAAUGCACAUUUCAAAAGUACGAAACCAAACUUCGAAACUGUAUUGAUCAUUCAAAACAUGCAUUGUGGCCCUGUAAUUGAGGGGCAGUUUGGUCCUAAAAGUUUAUAAGUGGACUAUAUGUUAGAAAAAUGAAAAUAGUGUCCCAUUUUUGAAAUUUUACUUUUUUUUUAGUUGCAAAAGAGUGAUUAGAUCAAGAAUUCAAAAUUCAAGAACUUUCUUUUUUGGGACUAUUACAUUGCUCCGAAGAGGAUGCUCAUCACAGCAGCUAUUGUAUCUCCUCCACUGGCUUUUCUUGAAGUUACUGCGACCGCCCCUAUCCAAACGAUCAAUGCCCACGAACAAAAUGUUACUGCUUGAAAUGUGCCCAAACCCAGUCCUUUUAUUAGUGCCUCUUUCUUACUCAUUAUGUAUUGCUUCUCCAUGCACUGAGUGAAGGCCUUAAUAGCUGAGCUCUCUCCAACAAAGGAAAAGACUGUUGUUAUAUUGGAAAGGGUCUGCAAAUGUAGAGAGAGUAUACCUUGUUAUUAUUGUUACUUAAAGAGAAGCCAAGUUUGCUUGGUUGGUUUAGAACAAUUCCUUUUCAUUUUGUAAAUUGGAAAUUUUAUUUAACAUAUUUUUUAGCAAGGAUUUAGGUGUCGUGGAACAGGAUCGUGCCAAGAACUUGAUACGUUACAGCACGAUGUUGCUUCAGCAGUGUACGCGGUUCUCAACAAUGAAAGUUUGUUCAUCUCCUUCGUAUACGUUGCUCCGAUUACGAGAAUCAUGGGGACGACGAUCAGCGCGAGGAGGGCCACUUCCCAGCAGCAUGCAAAGGCAAUGAUGAUGCCGACGAAGAAAGUGGCGAAGCUCGCAAUAGAAUGACCCAGCUGCAGAAGGGCUCUUUGUCAGUGAAUCUUACACUGGAUUGAUGAAAGUGAUGAUCAACUACUAAAUGCCGACGCUUCAAUUACUCAAAAUUUUCUCUAUCCAUGCAAAAAAAGAUCAUAUAGUUCUUUACUGACUGUUUUACCCUUUCAAAUUCGAAAGGAUAUAAAUUUGAAUGGGUAUAAAUAUGUUAAUGUUGCUAGCAUCAACUUUAGAGGGAUGUGUAAUAUUGAGUUUGGCAGGGACAUGUAUGUGACUGUUAAGGGAUUUAGCUUGCCCUAGUUCUGAUCAAUUCAGCUGAUUCGCACUUCCUGUAAUCUUAUGACUGUGAUGAAUGCUUGCGUAAAAGGAAUUUUGAGCUCA